UGAUGUAUUUCUCUAAUCUUUUCGUCCCCACUCGGCCGCCGUACAACACACGUCUCUGAUUGGUCCAUGCCAAACACAAUCGUUCGGAAAACGUCCACCGGAUCACAGUCAAGAUGAGUUUGAGAAAGCAGACCCCGAGUGACUUUCUGAAGCAGAUAAUUGGCAGACCGGUGGUCGUCAAGCUGAACUCUGGUGUCGAUUAUAGAGGUGUCCUGGCCUGCCUGGAUGGUUACAUGAACAUUGCCAUAGAGCAGACAGAGGAGUAUGUCAACGGGCAGCUCAAGAACAAGUAUGGAGAUGCUUUUCUAAGAGGAAACAAUGUUCUGUACAUCAGCACCCAGAAGAGGAAAGUGUAGAGAAGAUCAUUAUGUGUUUUAAUUUUUAUUUUCCAGUAUUCAGUGCGUCAGUGGACAACUGUUCCAUGGUCCUAUGUUUUUGGUUUUGUAAAGCCUGAAGUCCUAAAGAAUUGUUUGUUUUUUUGUAAACUGAAAUAAGUUAAUAAAUCCUGAGUUUUGAUCUA